AAGAUGGCACCCGUUGGAGGCAAAAGGGCCAAGAAGGGCAUUCUAGAACGUUUAAAUGCCGGAGAGGUUGUGAUUGGAGAUGGAGGGUUUGUCUUCGCUCUGGAGAAGAGAGGUUAUGUGAAGGCAGGACCCUGGACCCCGGAAGCUGCUGUAGAAUACCCAGAAGCAGUCCGCCAGCUUCAUCGAGAGUUCCUCAGAGCUGGAUCGAAUGUCAUGCAGACCUUCACUUUUUAUGCUAGUGAAGACAAGCUGGAGAACAGGGGAAACUAUGUUGCAGAGAAAAUAUCCGGGCAGAAAGUCAACGAAGCUGCUUGUGAUAUCGCCUGGCAAGUGGCUGAUGAGGGAGAUGCUUUGGUGGCAGGAGGUGUGAGUCAGACACCAUCAUAUCUCAGCUGCAAGAGUGAAACUGAAGUUAAAAAAAAAUUUCAGCAACAGUUAGAGGUCUUUAUGAAGAAGAAUGUGGACUUCUUGAUUGCAGAGUAUUUUGAACACGUGGAAGAAGCUCUGUGGGCAGUUGAGGUGUUGAAAGUGUCUGGUAAACCAGUGGCAGCUACCAUGUGCAUUGGGCCAGAAGGAGAUUUGCAUGGAGUGCCCCCUGGCGAGUGUGCAGUGCGGCUGGUGAAAGCAGGAGCAUCCAUCAUUGGUGUGAACUGCCAUUUUGACCCCACAACUAGUUUACAAACGGUGAAACUCAUGAAAGAAGGCUUGGAGGCUGCCAAAUUGAAAGCCCACCUGAUGGCCCAGCCCUUGGCCUACCACACUCCUGAAUGCGGCAAACAGGGAUUUAUUGAUCUCCCAGAAUUCCCUUUUGGACUGGAGCCCAGAGUUGCAACCAGAUGGGAUAUUCAAAAGUAUGCCAGAGAGGCCUACAACCUGGGUGUCAGGUACAUUGGCGGCUGCUGUGGGUUUGAGCCCUACCACAUCAGAGCAAUUGCAGAGGAGCUGGCCCCAGAAAGGGGAUUUUUGCCACCGGCUUCAGAAAAACAUGGCAGCUGGGGAAGUGGUUUGGACAUGCACACCAAACCCUGGAUUAGAGCAAGGGCGAGGAAGGAAUACUGGGAGAAUCUUCGGAUAGCCUCAGGCAGGCCAUACAACCCUUCAAUGUCAAAGCCCGAUGCCUGGGGAGUGACCAAAGGAACAGCUGAGCUGAAGCAGCAGAAAGAAGCCACGACUGACCAGCAGCUGAAGGAGCUCUCUGAAAAACAGAAAUUCAUAUCUGCACAGUAGCCUCAAUGGGGAAUCUAUUUUUGAUGAAUUCCUCUGUUUGGGCCACAGUUCCUAAAAAUAAGGAAAAAAUGGUUAAAAAGUAAUGUAUGUAUUAACAUCAGGCUACACAUUUAAUUGGUAUUAGCUGAAUGAAAUAGAAGCACAAAUGGCAUUGGACAAUUUUAAAAGUAUGUUUUGGAAGUUUACUUAGAACUAAGAUAAGAAGUAAAUCUUAAAUAGGUUUACAAAGCACCUGCCAUGUACAAGGCAUUAUGGAAAUCACUUGGCCAAGGAAAAAUAAUUCAGGCAUUAAUCCUGCUUCAAGAAGUUUUCAGGCUAAUGAGGAAGAUGAGAUACGAACUGUCAUAAAUGACUCAGCAACCGGACAGGGACAGCUAAAGUGCUACAGAAAAGUGGCUUCCAAGUUCUUUUCAACAUCACCCAUAAUAACAACAAACAGACAAGCAACAACAAUUCACAUAACGACCCAGUAAGACAUGUAACAUAAAUAUGAAAUAAAAUGUGUGAUCCAUUCUGGCGUUUUCUAUUCUUUUCUGUUCUGUUUCAUUAAUAA